GCAAAAGAAAAGUUGCCUGGCCACACAGACGCGACCCAGACAGCGGUAUUCUCGAGAAGCGAUGAGCUACCAUAUAUAUCGCACACCACCGCGCUCUCGCUAAUUUCUGAUUGCCACGGCACGUCUCCUUCCAAUCUAUCCUCUACCUUACGACACCUAGCACCACUUCCCCCUUACAUCAAUUCAGCUCGUACAAUUGUCAAUGGAUCUGCUCGCUAUGUCCUCGAACGGUGACGUCUCGUCGUGGGUGUCCUUCGACGAUCAGUCCUCGCCCAUCACUCCCUCAGACGAGUUCCUGUCGCCGUCGUUCUUUGCAUCCUCAGCUGCACUUACUGGCGCUUCUCUCCUCGACGCAUCGACUUCGAUCUUGUGCAAGGAUGAUGACACACUCAACGAUCUCUCAUUCGAUUGGCCGCACAAGUCUGUUAGCUUAUCGGCUGAUUCGGACUUCUCUGGCAUGAACUUGCUCGACAACUCUUUCCAGGCACCUAAGCAGAUUUACAACGAUGUCUGCCCUAGCGUGCAUGAUCUACAGAACAACGCGGCGGCCACAGCGGCUGCUAUCGCCGCUGCUAUCAAUAGCAACAACCUCUCUGCUGCGACUGCGAUUCUCGCCGCGCAGCAGCAGCAAAACCAGCAGCCGCAACAACAACAACGACAACUGCAGCCACAGCAGAUGAACAAGAAGAUGUUCACAAACCUAACGUUCGCGGACAUGACUGGUGCUGAUCUUGACUCUGAUCCCAGCCUGUCGCAGUUCGUGUCAAUGCAGGCGCAGAGACGGAUGCGUCUUUCACCGGAAAUGCAAUCGUUCUCGUCUGCGUCGUCGAUCUCCUCAGCCUCGUCGUCCGAGUUCUCAACUCCGAUGUCCUCGCCUUCCCUCACAUACUACCCCUCCAACAACAACGCCUUCAGCGCUGCUCCUUCAUUAACCUCCCCUGCAUGCUCUCCCAUUCCUCCGGUGUCAUUGAGCGGAAACUCAGACAGCUCAGUGUCGCUGGCGAUGGCUGUUGCUGCUGCUGCCGCUUCCUCGCUCAAGGCCGGCCAGCCCUCUAACGGCGCUGCUCCAGUUCGUCCUCCGCGCGCGCCUCGCAAGCAGAGCGAAUCGCGGAUUCCCCUGCCUGACCUCCAUGCUCGCAUGGGACUCGCACAGGAUCCCGAUGAGGCCCGGUCGCGAGAGCAGCACAUUCUUGGAAUCCUACAAGACCAGGGAUUCCCGCUUGGUGAGCGGACUUGGAUCCGCGACACUGAAGAGAAGGAGAGGCGAAGAAUCAUUGAGGAGAUCUACAAACAGACCUAUGAACUAUACGGCUACGAGCGCAGCUUGCUCGAGGUCAUUGUCCGUCGCGGUGCUUACUACCUGAUGCAAGGAAGACUGAGACGGUUACGGAGAUCGAAGAGACACCACGCGAACGCGAAUGGCACUUCGAGUGAAUCAAGUGUUACUGGUGACUCUGGCUCUGAGGCAACUAACAACAUCGCGGAAGAGGAAGAUCACAGCAGUAGAUCUGGUUCGGAGGAGGCGGAUUUGAAGGAGGAUGAGAUGGAGGAUGAAUGAGUACUACACUUUACACUGUUACUCAAUCAUGAUCAUAUGCGGAGUCAUUUUUGUAUUAAAGGGAAACGGGCUAUAUUACGGGGUGUUUACAUUAUGCUUUCUUGUUUUGGCCAUCUUCAUUUGUGAGUAUUUGUAUUUUUGUUACUAUUUUGGUGUACAGAAUUGGGCUCAGCACUUUUUGGCUUUGUUGUAUUGUUUUUAUCAGUUUAUUUGCCAUAUAAAUAGUAUUGACUUUUUAAAUUGAGAU